CUAGUCUGCAUUCUAUGCCGGACGGAGAGUUCGUUCGACAUCGGGUAUAUUGCUACAGUUGCCCGACGCUGGAGGUUUGCACACUUCACAACACAGUUGACUGCAGCGCUUAAUACACAACCAACUUCAUAUCGCGCUGGCCACAAAGCAUCGAGUUAUCUACAUCUACCGAAAAGCAAGCCCGCACGAACGCGAAUGGCAGACGAAGCAAUAUCGGAGGAGUCGUUGCGCAAACGUUGGAAGAGUCUUACAGUUUCCACAGACUUCUUCGAUGGCUGUACGAAACAACCGGCCGAGUACAUACUAGCGGAAAGUUAUGAGAGGAAAAUAUAUUUCUUAGAUUGCGAAAAUAUCGCUUUUCAAGACAGAAAGGGUCAGGAUAUUUGGUUGACAACAGGAAAUGGAGAGAUCGACCUUCCUGCGGAAGUGGGGGUUUACAUUGUGAGGGGGAAGUGGAAACCUGGAUGAUGGCAUUGGAA